AUGGAACGAGAUCAAUUGAAUAUACUUGAUACUUUGAUGAGAAAUGAGGCGAUUGAAGAGUACGCGUACCAAACUACAUUAAAUACUCAUGUGCGGGAAGAAAAACAAUUAUUUUCUAGACAACAAUUGGAGUCACGGAAACGAAAUUGUGAUACAGCCUUUCCAGAAAAUAAUCUUGAUUUUGACUCUGAUAAUCGCAAAAUCGGACCCAAGAAGCAAAAUAUACCUAACCUAAAGCAAGAUCAUUCGGACAAAGAAAAUAGGCCUGAUCAUUCUAAUAUUAUCAUGCCCAACGAUAAUCUUUCAAUUGGUGCUUCGGACCUAUGUUCUAAUUGUCCCGACGAAAACGGUGGUUGCUAUGAUAAAAAAAAUCAUACUGAUCCGGUAAACCAAGUCUUCACAAGUAAUGAUAAAAAAACAAUGAAAGGCCUUUGGAAAAAGAUGGAGCCUUCAUCCGAUGAAAAACAAAAUACAUCAUUAAAAUUAAAGUGGGAAAAAAAUAUAAAACCUCAAAUUCAAAAAUACACGCAUGCUAUUAAAGUAAAAACAGAGUCGAUUUUUGAUGAUAACAAUAAUGAAACAUCGCUGAGAAUUAUCUUUGAAGCACCCUUUGUGGGCGAUUUUAAUUAUAAAAAACAUUAUGAGAUGAUUUGGGCACGGGACAUAUAUCAGCGAUUCAUAUGCCUUUUCAACACUCCUUUCAAUAUUCUUCGCGAUUCUGAUACAUCAGAAAUAGCAUAUAGGGAUUCAUUCGUGAAUCCUAUAAUCCCAAAGGUGUUUGAAGAUGUAAAUGAUAAGAUUAGAUUUCAAGUCGGGGAGAUUGAAAGUAACUUACGCAAGCAACAUAGGAAUCAGACGAGAGGUAUAAAACCUCGUGUUUAUCUCGGAUCCAAACAUGACGGUAUCUUAAAAAUGUAUGUAAACGCUUGUGAGUUAGAGAUUGGAUUUCUCGAAGUCGUUGGAAGUCCAACAAAAGUCGAUGUAAAAGGCUAUUACGAAGAUCUUGAAAAAUUACUAAAAGAACGCAAAACAACAAUUUAUGUGAUGCAUCGUUCGAGAGGGGGUUUAAAUCUUGUGGAUGUUUUAACAACAUUUACAAUUCCUGUAUGUGCGGAUCAAGCAUAUGUUCUUGAAGAAAUCAUAAAGAAAGUAGACACAUCCGAUUCUAAUGAAGAUGAAGAACUAUUACUGGCGUCUUUACCUAAUCAAU